UCGAGCAUACAUCAACUUUCAUGCCAGAGAAAAAAAUAAAAUUUCUGUUUGUACGUAAAAUGAAAAUCUCAUCUAUAGCGUUCGCAAUUCACGUUACAAUUCUCGCGAAUCUCUUUGCUUGGAGUGCUGCCAAACAGCCACCCGAUAGCUGCAGAUCUUUGGAAAAUACCAUUUGGGUGCAUUUGUGCAGGGGAACUGUAUCGCAGGAGAUUAAAAUCAAAUACAAAGAUCAGCUAACCAGUAUUGGAACGCCAUUCAAAGUUUUGUCUCUUUCCCUAGAUAGAAACUCACUUAUGGUGAGUUUCUUUACUUCCAAAAUACAAAAUUGUGCCGUCGUAAAGAUAAAUGCAAAUAUGAGUAUGGUGUGCAAUGGUAUCAAUGCUACUCCAAAACAACAAAUGGUCUACUGUUUCAACUUCAAUCUGCAAUAUGUUAGUGAUUUAAUCAAAUUGUGUUACGACCAGGAGGAUAAUUUAUCAAUGGCCCCGCGGAACAUGAAAUUCGGGGUAUUACAUUACAGUCAUAUACCACCUCUACAAUCGGUGCAAGUGCGUUUCGAUGGGAGAAAUAAAUAUAUUUUGCUUCUAAUCUCAGCCGUGUUAGGCAGAGCGAUGUAAAUAAAUAUUUCUUCAUCAACA